UGAAUAUACAGUAGUUCUACGAGGCUGGAGUCGGAUUGCGUCGGAUGUUUUUCGCCUUGUGAGAGGAGCACAGCGGGACAUGUUGGUCGUAGUCGUCGUUAAUGCUCAUCAUCCAGGCCUAUAUUUAACAUUUGAAUGAUACCACUCAGCUAGGAAGGCGUUUUCUCCGCCGUAUGCACACUCGAGGAGACGACACUGCACGCUAGCGACAAUAUGGACUUGCACAUAUUGGACCACAGGCUCCGAGUCAUCAGCAUAUCCAAGAAUGGGCUGGUGAAUUUCACACACCCCCUGAUUAAACUGAUAUUCCUCCGGAACAGGACACGAUGCAAGUUUUUCAGUCUGACAGAGACACCAGAGAACUACACAGUUGUCCUUGACGAGGAAGGUUUCAAAGAGCUCCAGCCCUCAGAGCAUCUGAUGGUGGAAGGCUCCAUCUGGCUGCCGCUCAACGUGGCCUCCAACGGCAACGCCUCCAGCAGCUCGCAGGCUGUCGGCGUGACCAAGAUCGCCAAGUCGGUCAUCGCCCCUCUGGCAGAGCAGCACGUCUCUGUCUUCAUGCUCUCCACUUAUCAGACCGACUUCAUCCUGGUGAAAGAGAAAGACCUGUCUGUAGUCAUCAGCACUCUGGAGGAGGAGUUCAAUAUCUACAAGGAGGUGGGAGGAGAGUCGGUCCCCAUACACUGUCAGGAUGUCCCCAACGGCCUCCAGAAGAACGGCAAAGAAGCCAUCCAGCCCACGGUCCACCCGGUGGUGAUCCCUAAGAACCAGUUCUGUGUCAUGUCUCUGGACCCAGACACUCUGCCGUCCAUCGCCACCACGCUCAUCGACGUGCUCUUUUAUUCCAACAGUCCUAAGGAGGAUGCUGCCAACCAGGGUUUGGACUGCAUCAAGUUCUUCUCCUUCUCCCUCAUCGAUGGCUACAUCUCACUGGUGAUGGACACCGAGGCUCAGAGACAGUUUCCUGCUGACCUCCUCUUCACCAGCUCCUCUGGGGAGCUGUGGCGAAUGGUUCGUAUCGGGGGACAGCCGCUGGGCUUUGAUGAAUGUGGAAUAGUGGCCCAGAUAUCUCAGCCUCUGGCAGACAGCGACAUCUCGGCCUAUUACAUCAGUACCUUCAGCUUCGACCACGCUCUGGUCCCAGAAGAGGACAUAGUGAGCGUAACAGACAUGCUCCAGCACCAGAGGAAAGACCCAGCAGCCAGUUGAUCUCUGACGUCCCGUCUGAGCUGGAUGACCCAUCGCCUCUCACUCCAGCGGCCAAUGGUGGCACGGCAGCAGGAGGAGAGGCUAACCCUGUGCCUAGACUAGCACUGCAUCGCCAGCAGUAUUAACGACUACGGACUUGCCAUGAACACCAGAAGCGCUUCUCGAUGGUGUGCACACAGUUUGUCUCCUCCUGUCUUACCUAUCUAAGGCGGGAUGCACUGAAUCCCAGGGGGCCCACAAGCUGACACCUGCACAUCAAAAUGCACAAUCACUCCAAAACACAAACACUCACACAUUCAAAUUCACAAGCACAAAGUCAGAUGAGUGACCUUUUCUCUCGAAUGCAGAUAUCUCUUGGUUUAGGUUGAUUUUGUUAUAAUAUUAUUUAGCUGUAAAGCAGAACGCCUUCACAUACAUUUCACCAGUGCUAUAAAUGCACAACUUAGUCUUCCGGGCCAUGUGUCUAAAUAACAUCUUAAACAUUUAAAGCCAUUCGCAAGAAUUGCAAUUAUCCUUUUUGUGGAACUGAAAGUGUGAAUUGUGAGAAAGUUAAUCUUACAAUACUUUUCAAGCAACAAAAGUGAGUCUUCAAACAGGACUCACUCGUUCUGGUCUGAGGCGAAUGUGUAGGUAGUUCUUAUUAAAACUACUACAAAUGCUGUCAAGCAGGACAGAGGCUUGGUCAGUGUUUUUUUUUUAAGAGGUCAGUGGUUCUUUACUUUAGUAUUACCCUAGGUCAAUAACACUAUGUCUUAUUUCUUUUUGUUAUUUGCACAAUACACUUUUUAUUUAGCUCACUCAGACAUUUUCUUUGGUACAAGUUUUGUACAAUUUGAAGUAAACGUAUUCUGUAAACAUUUGUAAUUUUUGUGCUGCUUCAUUCAAUA